AUGGGUAUUGCGCCUAGUAAAUCAAGACGCAGCUCUAGUAAUUCUACUACUGGUGAUGAUGACGGUGCCGGUGGUGAUCCGUUUAUUCAACAGGGACAAUCUUAUAUUGAAAAGAGUCAAGAACAGCAAUACUUUCUACGUGCUAUAUGGGAUGGAAAUUUUGUGUCGCCUGUUCGAGAACCACUUUCUGCCGGGG